AUACACCCACAGGCCCGGUGUCGCCUCCCUCCCUCCCUCCCGCCUUCCUCCUCCUUCGGCCCUCAGGUGUAUGCGCGCUGCCAACGGUUCUGCGUCACUCUCCUCCCACUUUCCCUUCUCUUCACUGCCGUACCCACCGCCAGGCAUACCUUCACUCUCGCAGCAGUUGCAGCACACUUCACUGCCUCGCCCGCCUACCCGCCCUCCCCCCGAUGCGGCUUCAAUAGAAAGAAGGUCAGCGCACUCACAGGCCCGCAUUCGCCAACUGGGGAAGCGCAAUGUCCACGUGGGACGAGCGAGCAGAGCCGCUGUGGACUCUCCUGGUGUGCAUGCCGGAGUGUCAGGCAGCGCAUGCCCGCAUCGUUCGUGAGCUGCGCGAUGAUGGCGUCAACAUUGUUGAGCACCGAUUCACGCUGACACUCGAUCAGGCCCUCAUCAUUGUCCAACAGUACGCGCACCUGCGGCGGCGCGCAACAGAGCCCCUCUUGUCUACGAGUGCCGCCACGGAGGCAGAGGUCGUUGAGACGUCGCUGCAGUCGCCCCUGCCGUCGGGAUGGUCGGAGCUGCGGCACCGGCGAUGGAUAGAGACGUCAUCUCAGCAAUCGUCCCGGCGACAGCAGCGCCCGCAACCGCAACAACAGGCGAUGUCGCCAGCCGCGAGAGUGGCCAGCUCCUGGCCAACAUCAUGCGUCUCGCUCAAGGGCAUCGAGCGCUCCAGCAACCGCGCUCCUCACCCGUCUCCACGCCUGGCAAGGUGGCAAGAGGCGCUCGCGAGGUGGUGCCCCACCAUCACCACCGUUUUCUGCUCUGCCAUCUCUCCGAGGAAGGGCAGAAGGUGGCAGCGGCGCGAGCCUUGAGUCGACGUUGCCUAGCGAACACACCGCUCAAGCCGUAACGACUGCUAUCACCGCUGACACAAACUCCACCAGAACAGUCGCACCAUGGCUGUAUCGGCGCUCUUGUGCUGGCGUGCUCUCCUCGCCGUCGGCAGCGGCAUCGCCUAAGCUCUGUACCACCGGCAAGGAUGGCCACAUGUUCAAUGCAGAUCCACAGGUCCGACAGAAGGUAACGUCUCUCCUACAGGGGGGGCACAGUGUUGGUGCUACUCUUGCGCGCUGUCAACGCUGUCGAGCGCCUGGUGCGCCUGACUGGCCCAGAGGAUCCUCUCGAGGCACAGCGCGUUGCACCGGAAUCCUGGUCUGCUCGCUACGGUAUCGACGAAGCGCGGAUGGGCGUGUACACGCCAGGAAGCCUCGCAGAUGCCCGAGUCGCCGUGCAAGCCGUCUUCGGUGAAGUGUACGCGCACCCGGCAGCCCACACCAAAUCCCCACUGUCAUUGCCAAAUCGACUAGCGCACAGGGCCGCAGCGACAUCGCCGGCCGUCGCAGACUCACCAGCAGCUCCGCUGAGCUUUGCUCAGAUCCUCCCUACGCUACGCGCUGGAGUGACAAUGGAGUAACGUAUUUCGUACUACACCGGCGUGCAGCUCCCAUCGGCGUCGACUGCGACAGCGCUCGUCACGAUCUCGACUACAGUAGGGGAGGGUCUUGGUGCCGUGGCCUUUGCAGAGCGAGCUGCCACCGACGCCGAUGGGAGCAUGAUGUCCGCUGUAACAAUGGUUUCCAACGCUUCCACAUACCCGAGUACCGCCCCGCAGUACCCACAGCGCCAAGAGAGGCUUAACGAGCUAGAGGUCCUGUUGCGCGGCCGCGUAGGGAGCUGACACAAUACGUACAUGCACACGUGCGUCCGCGUGUGUGUGUGUGUGUGUGUGUGUGUGUGUGUCGCGCCGUGGAGAGUACAAGGAGAAGGCCGCAACGAGAGGAACAGGAGUGAAUAAGGAUGUACACAAUAUGGAAUAAUGCUAUGGACGUAGUGCAUACCUAUGCUUCUGGGUGGAGGAGGGAGUGGAGACGGUGGAGAGGGACAGCGACGCUUGCGCGCAGCUCCAUCUCUCUCCCCUCGUGUUUCCCGUCCCCCCCCCCCCACACCCACACACACGCUCCUCGGCUAUGAGUUCAUUAGUCCACGAAAACAACGCUAAUACUCACUUUAGCUCCGCUAUGUCACUCACCUGCGCCGGAAGAUUCUGCGUAGUCGUUAGAUGUGCAGAUGGUAAUGCGGUGCUCUCUCUCUCCUACUCGGCUGCAAUGCCCCUUGCCUCCUCCCACCACCCCAGCGGCUUCGUAUGCUUGUCAUUCUCGGCCUCGUGUUCGUGCUCGGGUGGAGGGGGGGUCACACAUGUCGUGCCCUUUUCCUUUCAUGUAUCCCAAAUUUCAUAUCGCUCGCUCGCUUCUUCCUUUCCCUCCACUACCACCAUCGCUCCCUCUUGCGUGCCUCUCUCCCUCACUCGGUGUGCACGCGGCUGCGCAGUAUCGCCGGAUUCCACAUCGCCUUUUUUUCUAGUUUUGGUUUUGGUUGUUUUGGGCGCAUUUGUGUGCGCUCUGGCUCGACUGCAACCUAAACUGAGCCCUCCUUUUGUCCUACGUGUGUGUGUGGGUGUCUGUCUGCCUGUGUGUGUGUGUGUGGGUGUCCCUGAAAAAGGGGGCUGUUCCCCCCCCCUCCUCCAGUCAUCUCUCUUCCCCUCCACAUUU